UUAUUAUAUUCCGGGAGGAAGGCUUGAUGACGUCCGUAGCAUCAUAAUGUGACUUAUUGAAAAAAGGCAAGCUGUUUGGAUUCUGAAUAUAAAUCCAGGUGAAUCGGUACAACAAACAAAAGUUUUGGAUAAAGGUAAUAUGUAGACAAAUGUUUACACUGCUGUUCAUAAAGCAGUGUUUGUACAGCUUGAUAAUUGCAUAUUGUAUAUAAAAGUGUGGAGGGCUGGCCACGUUGACGGGCACAUAAGAAAACAGCAAAGGCGCUUCAGUGAGUAAGUGCCGUGAGAUCUCAUUCUCACAAUCUCCGCCUCACCCGGAUCGCAUCCUGCUGCACAGCUCUCAACUCAACUGCAAUAGAAUGGCAAUGUCCAGUAAAGCGACUUUAGCAUUAUUCAUCUACGGGAUCAUAAUGCAUUGCAGCAUCUACUGUUCACCUACUGGGCUUAGUUAUCCUAAAAUUAGACUUGAAAAUGAAGUAUAUGACGAAGACGGAAACUCAUUACCAGACUUGGCUUUUGACAGUGAUCAGAUUGCUAUACGAAACCCUCCAUCUGUCAUUGACGAUGUGUAUACAUUAUAUUACCCACCAGAGAAGAGAACAGAAAGGCAUGCUGAUGGAAUAUUUAAUAAAGCCUAUAGGACGAUGCUGGGUCAGUUGUCAGCAAGAAAAUAUCUACAUUCUCUGAUGGAAAAGCGCGUAGGUGGAGUGAGCAGUAUGGAGGAAGAUUCAGAACCUUUAUCCAAAAGACACUCGGAUGGCAUCUUCACAGACAGCUACAGCCGCUACAGGAAACAAAUGGCUGUCAAGAAAUAUCUUGCUGCAGUCCUGGGGAAAAGCCCUGAAGACAUUAAUUUUGAAUAUUUGCUACUGGACAUGUUUGAUGCCCUGCUUCAUGGGGAUUAUGGUGCUUGUGAUUGGGGACAAUGGCUGAAAGCGAUCCUCCCCUCGGUGAGUCCGAAUAUAAAGGCUCUCUUUGCACAAGCCUAUCUCCAGGGGGAACUGCCCCCCCUUCUUUACCCUUCAAUGCUGCCCUGUCACUUGUACCUCUUACUCAGUUAUUUCUCCCUUUCCUAAUUCGUGCUAUUGGUGUUCUAGAAAAUCAUUACAUUUCUAAAUUUUUACAACCUAUAUGUGCAUAAGAAAGGAGUACCAGAAGGUAAAACUAUAUAUGAAGUCUUCUUUUUUAAAAAAAAAUAUAUUUUGUUUUUGGCAAGGUGUCCCAUACUGAAAAAGUAUCCCAAAGACAAACCUUGCAAACCCAAAGAGAUAGAAAUAACAAACUUUUACAUCAAGAAUAUGAUUUAUUUCCACCCUAAUUCGGUAGAGCCACAAUUGUGUCCUUACACCUUGUGCAAAGUAUUUUGUGUUACUCUCCAGUGCUACCCAUGUUUUUAAAUCAGUUUUAUGAAAAUCUUAAAACAAAAGAUCUUUAAGGUGUUCAUAAUUAACUGGAUUUAGUUUAAACUUUACCUUGUUUGUCACCUGCUCUAUUUUCUUUCAAACCUUACAGAAAUUAAGUGUUAAGUCCUCCUAGUUUCAUGAUUGUGCCUCAUGUAUCUAUUGUCUUGUAAACAAAUCAUGUAAACUCUUACUACAAAACCAAGGAAACAAUUGUUAAAGCCACUCAAUCAGUAUGCAACCUAAAGAAACAGUUAAUUUUUUCUCACUGAUUGUUGUUUACAUUGUACUCUGUAUACUGUAGUAAAUGUUUUAUUUUUUCAAGAUUCCUUCCUUAAAAAUCACUAUUUUGUUACAUAACUUUUUUCAUGUUGAAUGUAAAUUUACCAACAACUGGCAAACCUCC